AUGACGUCCGCUUCCCCUCCAAAACCCCCCACUCUAGAGGUCCUAGAUCUCAGCUCCCCGCCAUCCUUCACCAAGCCCUCGAAGCGCAUCCACGAGGGCCCCGACGUCGCCCGCUUCCUCACCAGCCUCGCCUACCGCGACAUUGGCAUCUUCAUCCUCCAGCUCAACCACGCCCUCUGUCCCCGCAACCAGCCCUCCUCACCCCGCCCCCGCACAUUCCCCCUCACCUCCAAGCCGCCGACAUCGCCGUCCAUCCAAGCUCUCCAGAGUCUACUAUCCAAGAUCGAACGCUUCAUCGACGAUGCUCCUCCAGACCCGGGCCCUCGAAGAUUCGGAAACGUGAGCUUUCGCAAGUGGUACGCGAUUCUCGAGAAACACUUGAACGAACUGCUUGGAGAAGGACUACUCGGCGAAACACUAAAGGUUGGGGAUGGCGCAGCGUUGGAGGAGGUUUCCAGCUACCUUCUUGGCGGAUUUGGAAGCGUACAACGACUAGACUACGGAACGGGACAUGAACUCAGUUUCGUCGCCUUUCUUGGGUGUCUAUGGAAACUGGGCUACUUCAAGGAUGGAAAUACAGGAGGCGAGAUCGAACGGGAGAUCGUUCUCAACGUUAUCGAACCAUAUCUGAGGGUGGUAAGGAAGCUCAUCUUGACAUAUACCCUCGAACCUGCUGGUUCUCAUGGCGUCUGGGGCCUCGACGAUCACUCCUUCAUGCCCUACAUCUUUGGUUCUGCGCAACUCGCGCGGCCCAUAAACGAUACCGAGCCCAUGCCCACCGAGGGUUCAGUCAAGGGCGCCCCGAAGCCUAGCGAUGUCACCAAGGCCACCGUGGUCGAGGACCAGCGCCAGGUCAACAUGUACUUUUCCGCCAUCGGCUUCAUCAACGAUGUCAAGAAGGGUCCGUUCUGGGAGCACAGUCCCAUCUUGUUCGACAUUUCUGGCAUCCGCGACGGCUGGGGCAAGAUCAACAAGGGCAUGAUCAAGAUGUUCAACGCCGAGGUGCUGUCUAAGUUUCCUGUUGUCCAGCACUUCCCCUUUGGCUCGCUCUUCUCGUGGGAGAUCGAUCCAGAGGCGGCGACCCCAACCCAGAGCGUCCACAUGGCGAACCAACCUACACAAAUGCCACAUGGACCACCAUCGGGAGUUGGAACAGCUGCACCGUGGGCUCAGGCUACAAGAAUGCCAGCUCCAACAGGCCCAGGUAUUCCGUACUCCCGAAUGCCACCACCGGGACCUAGCUCUGGCUCCCUUGCAAGACCUCAUCAGGGCGGAGCACCCAAGUCAGAAUCUACAGGCGGGCAAAUCACCAUGACCAAAGCGCCGUGGGCAAGGGAUGAGUAG